CUGAAGCUUUUAAAGUAAAUGCAUUCAGGUCAUCAGAUAGAGAUGGCGAGAGUGUAUGUGCAGAAAAAUGGCACUCAACCCAUUACAACACUGCGUUAAAGCUUCCUCUAAUUCACGUCUCGUAUUACAAGCUCACUGUUGGGUCUGCCAGAGACUGUGACGCAUAUACACAAACAGAGAAAGGGCAUGUCAGCUUGGCUCCCCUCCUUAUUCAUCCAGCCACUUUGCUGCAUUUAGGAGAGAUAUUGGCUGGAUUCAGUCCCCCACCGACCCCUCCUUCACUACUUGCCCUCUGUAGCGGUCUGGAUCAUAUUUAAACCCACAUGUUUCUGUGUGCGAGCAACUAAAUCUGGAAGUCUGCAAGCAGGAAACGGCGUGACAGCAGAGAGCGGGACUGAAGCGCACAGGGACCGGACAGACAUGCACACACUCGCGGCUGGAGAAGACUGGAUCUGAGCCCGUUCUGGAUAGCACAAACAUACAGUCACACAUUUGGAUUUGUGGAAAAGCUGGGCCAAAUCUGCCCUGUCUAAGACGGAUGACAACACCAAAGUGUUGUUCUGACUAAUGUGUGUUUUUUAAGAGGAGAGCCUAUUUGGCUCUGUAAGGUCGCUGACAGGUCUCUUCUCAGUCCGCCGGGCGUACAGCCUGUGUCUGUGUGGUCCUGCGUGAGAAACCUGUGGAGGGAGUUGCUUAUUGAUUUGUGAGUGUGAGUGUAUACACAGUACAGACUGGCCUCCCUCACAGCUCGAUUGCCGGACUGUACCCUGGAGAGUGAGUAGCAGGAUGAAGACACAGAUAUGUGCAGUACUCCUGUAUAUCAGACUGAUGCUGGCCGUGGACUCCUACAGACCCCAGAGAGAUAUAAACCAGGAGAAGUGGGAGCGAGAUCUGAGGGAAGCUGCGAGUCUGGAUGAGCUUCUGAUGUUGACCGAAUACCCCGACUGGAAGCUAUGGAGAUGCAGACUGAAACUGAAGCACUUUGAUUACGCCACUCAACCUGAGAACCGCAGGUCAACUCGCUAUGCGGCCACCUCAUUCAGCCCAGAGAUGCUUAAAGACAUUGAUGAGGAAUGGCAGAAGACACAGUGUAUGCCCAGAGAGACAUGUGUAGAUGUGGCCAAAGAGCUGGGCACUAAUACAGCCGCGUUCUUCAAGCCGCCGUGCGUUUCUGUGUUCAGGUGUGGCGGCUGUUGCAACAAAGAAGGAGUUACCUGCCGUAACACGAGCAUGACUUAUGUCAAUAAAACUAUUUUGAGUGUUUCCACGUAUAAAUCUGGACCAGAGCCAGUGCUGGUGAAAGUAGCCAAUCAUACUGAUUGUAUGUGCCAGGAACACACGAUGAUCCGCAGACAUGCUCGUGAGAGGCACAAGAGGAAUGGUUGCUCUCCUACACACAAGGCAGAAGACGUCAGGAGGCUAUGUAACAGAGGUUUAAUAUGGGACUGGAUGGCGGGACAAUGCGUGGCAUACCCCUCCAGUAAACAAGAGCCACCGUCCUCCAUCAACACAGAAGACUGUGAGAUGGACAUAGAGCGAUGUGAAUGUAUUCCAAAAGUAUGGACACACAGAAUACACCAUACGUGACACAAUUCAACAAUUCUUCUCAAGCUGCAAGAGAGAAAACACGUUACGACGAGCACAGCAUCCUGAUAAGUGCUGAAAGCAGAGACUGCAAAAACCAUUUAAUUAAUUUAUCUCUCUAUUUAUAUCAAAUAAAAUUUAUGUUAUUAAAAUGUAUUCAUAUAUCUCAUCAGUAACACAGCAGCGAUAGCUUUUAAAUAUAAAAACAAUGCUGCUCUUCAAGCCUGAACACAAUGUAAAUAUGAAAUGUGUUGUAAAUGCCUCCUUUGCACUGAACACAACAUAUGUUUCACACUAAACAAUGACUGUGGGAUUUGUUAAAUAUAAAUAUUUUAGAUAUACUGUAAAUUGUAUCUAAGUAUAAAUGAUAAUGAUUUAAAAUGUGUCAAAACCUGCAUUUUUCCCCAGUCUCAGUAGACUGGUGAAAUUGUCUAUGGUACGAAUAGCCAGAAGCCUCUUUUUAUACUGAAGUGUACAACAUUGACUUUGAGUUCAACAUUGAGCAUGCUGCCAACAAUAAUAAAGUUUGUAUUACAGAUAAAAGCUGACCAAAUAAAAACGGUAAUUUAAUAAGCAGGCCUAUGAUUGUGAUAUUUGAAAUAGGACUGUAAAUACCACUUUAUUGUUGUUCUUGAGGUCUUAGAAAAGUUUUGACAGAGUCCUUGGCAUACAGAUUGUUCCAAGGACAUGUCAUCAUUUUUGUUUGCCUUCCCACUUAGGAUAAUACAGGGAAUAAUUUCCUGGAUAAGAACAAGGCCGUGCGGUUGUUAUUGACUGCUAGAUGGCGCCAUUGACCAAUCAGAAUCAAGUAUUCCAGAGAACUGUGUAAUAAUCAUUGUUUCAUACCUAAUGCAUUUAUAACUUUAACAAAUACAGCCUUAUUGUAAAGUGUUAACAUUAUUAUUAAUAUUAUUAAUAUUGUCACACAGAGAAGUUGUCACUAUAUGUAAUAAACUAUGAAACUAUGUUGUCAC